UGGCAAAUUUAUUGCAUAUUUUAAAAUACGUUGUAAUUACAACACAUUUAGUCAUAAUUCCCCCUUUAAAAUAAACAGUUAUGACAUGGUGUCAAAUUAUUGUGAUAUAAAAUGUCGAAAUAAUGACAACCUCACGAUGUUGAGGUCAAAAUUCGAACCUUAAAAGCCAGAAUUAUGACAUUGUGUCGAAUCAUUAUGACCAAAAGUCAAAAUGGUAACGUUGGAAGUAGAAAUUAUGGUUUUGUUUCUCAAAUUGAAGAGAUGGCGUGUUUUAAUCGCUUUUUUCUUUCAAUUGGUGGAAAUGGGCUUCCGUAGAUUUGUCAAAUUUUGGGGGGGGACAAAGUUAACAGUUUGUCCAUUAAAAUCCCGUCAAAACAGUCGAAAGUGUGGCAACACGCAAAGAAGAAAAGGUGUUAUGAAUACUUUUGGAAGGCGCUGUGUUGCUGCUGCUGACUUCAUGUUAUCUUGCUGAUGACGUUUUCGACACACUUAUUAUCGGCCGUGUUUUAAUCAUGGCAGCUCCUUGGAGCCCUCCCACGGGCCCGCUCCGUGACGCCUCUCCAGCGGGUUGUCAGAGCUCUUCCCCCCCCCCUCCUCCUCACUUCAGGCUCAUCUCUCGCCUCCUUCAGGAUAAUAAUUGUCCGACUCUAAAUAUCGUGCUCAUCCACAGGGCGCUGGCAGGGGGUCAAACUGGGCCUGAUGGCGCACGAGAUUGUCCUUUUAUUUUCCCUCUACGCGGUUUUGACCGGGAUUGAGAGCAAGUUUACUUCUGUGCAUGAGUGCUGUGAGGCUGGAAGGGUGGCAGCCCUGAGAAAGCAAGACUGCACGGCGCUGCCACGUUUCAGCUCCCACAUUUGCAGCAUUGCCAAGGAGCACUGCUGUCGGGCUUUAGCGAGGAAGCGAGCCUGCGACACUGGCGUCAAGGUGGCCCGUCACGGGGUCUGCGAGCGGCCCCUCUUCACAGGCUCCAACUGGGAAGCGCAAAUUUCACAGUCGUGCUGCGACUGCUGCACACUGGGUUUGAAAACGGACAGCACGGGCUUCAGCUGCGACUUUCGGGACCUGCAGCUGGACAAGCAGUGCUCUAACGCGGCUAAAGCCUGCUGUGAGAAACCCAAGGACACCACUCCGUCUGCUAAAGGAAAAGAAGAGCUUAAAGUGUCGAUCUCCAGGCCUCCAGACGAACCAAAUACCUGCAGAGAGCUCAACUGCUCUCAGCUGUGUGUCGGUAACGGAAGAUGCGUCUGUAACGACGGCUUCCGGCUGCAAAGGGACGGAGUGACGUGUGAAGAUAUUAACGAGUGUCUCGCGGGCAGCCACAGCUGCAGCGCCGAGCAGGUUUGCAUCAACACGGACGGCUCGUUUCUCUGUCGGCUCAGCUGCCACCCGGGAUUCACAAUCACAGACAACAUCGUUUGCAAAGACAUAGAUGAGUGCGCUGUGGGGAGCCAUAACUGUGGAGCGGACUACGCUUGCAUCAACACGCCCGGCUCGUUCUACUGCGACCUGAAGGUGGCGUGCAGAGACGGUUUCACUCUGGACGCUUCCGGAAAUUGCACCGACAUCAACGAGUGUCUGCUCCUUUCCAACCUGUGCCGACCCGACCAGACUUGCGUCAACGCCGUCGGCUCUUACGUCUGCCUCGGGAAUACGGUCAUCUGUCGGCAGGGUUACCAUCCAACGGCGGACGGGACGCGCUGCGAAGACGCGGACGAGUGUCUCGUCGCCGACGUGUGCGGCAGCCACGCCUGCGUGAACCUGGACGGGUCGUACCGCUGCGAGUGCAGAGCGGGCUACCGCUUGAGCAACGUCACCGGAGUCUGCGAAGAUAUCAAUGAGUGCAAGUAUUACUCCCGGCGACUCUGCGGGCACAUAUGUGAGAACACGGAGGGGUCUUAUCAGUGCAGGUGCAUAUCCGGCUUCAGCUUGGCUCCGGACGGAAGGACCUGCGAAGAUAUCAACGAGUGUCUGACUGGCCGUCACAACUGCGCCAGAGGUCAGGUUUGCCUCAACACCGAGGGCUCGUUUCACUGCCAGCGCGAAAUCGCCUGCAACACCGGCUAUAAACUCACAGGCAGCUCUUGCCAAGACAUCGAUGAGUGCGCAUUGGGGAGACGUGACUGCGGGGCAAAUUCCGUUUGCGUCAACACGGCCGGCUCGUUCUACUGCGAGCAGAAGCGGGUGUGCGGAGACGGUUUCGCUCUGGACGCCGCCGGCGGCUGUGCCGAUAUUGAUGAGUGCUCGGCCCACACCGGUCCAUGCCAGCCCAGCCAGACGUGCGUCAACACGGUGGGCUCCCACAGCUGCCUCACUAAUGCGAUCGCUUGCCCACGAGGGUUUCAUCUGAGCGUGAACGGCACACGGUGUGAAGACGUGAAUGAGUGUAUGGUUGGCAGUAAGUGUGCCAAGCAUGUGUGCGUCAACCUGGAAGGACUGUACCGCUGCGAGUGCAGAAGUGGCUACAUGUUCAACGGCGUCACCAAACUGUGCGAAGAUAUCAAUGAGUGCACCCAUUAUCCCGGUCGACUCUGCGCCCACAAGUGUGAGAACACAGAGGGGUCGUACCGAUGUAGCUGUGCGACCGGCUUCAAGCUGGCUUAUGGUGGCAGAGACUGCGAAGACAUCAACGAGUGUGAGGACAAACCCUGCAGCCAGGAGUGCACCAAUGUCUACGGCUCGUACCAGUGCUACUGUCACCGCGGUUACCAGCUGAACGACGUCGACGGGACAUCGUGUGAAGAUAUUGAUGAAUGCACGCUGCCAAACGUAUGUUCUUACCAAUGUGUCAACUCGCCUGGUGGUUUUAACUGCACCUGCCCCACCAGUGGUUACACACUCUUGUACGACGGACGUACUUGUCAGGACAUUGAUGAAUGUGCUGCAGGAACUCAUUCUUGUUCUGCCAAGGAGGCCUGCUUUAACGUCCAGGGAGGAUUUCGCUGUCUGUUCUUCGAGUGUCCUCCUAACUUCAGGCGAGCAGGAAAGGGAUCCGCAGGUAACGCGUCCGCCGUGGUGCGUUGCGUCAAGGCGUGCCAGGAACACGACAGCGACUGCGCUCGCGACCCCGUCCACAUCAUCACCUCCACGGCUCUGUCUCUGCCGACCUCGCAACGCUUAAAGGAGCCAGAGGGUGAGACCGGCGAAAGAAAACGUUUUAGUCUUCGGCCAAUCGGACGACCCCACUUUUUUUUUUUUUUUUACCUGUUUGUUCCAAUAGAGAUCGUGUUGCUGCGGACGUCUGCGGCAGCGAAACAAGAUCUUCUCCCGGACGAGCCGGAUGUGUUGUUUGACAUUUUAGCAGACGACGAGCUGCUCUUUUUCGACGUGAUAAAGCGUGCGCAAAACGGCAUGGUUGUCGGGGUAAUCCGCCAGAUCAAGCCCGUAUUGGGCCCAAAGGAGCUCAUUCUGGAGGUGUCCAUGAAGUAUGUCCAGUCAGGAGUCGUUUCUCAACAAAACAUCGUCCUCAUUCACGUCUUCAUCUCCGAGUUCUGGUUCUGAGAAGGGAAUGUAAAUGUUUUAUAGAUAAUUCUACUGGUUAAAAAUGAGAAGAAAAAAAAAACAUGACAUAAUUAAUGUAAAUAUACAUCGACAAGGAAAACGGUGGCAAAUUUCAGUUUGUGUGGAGGUUGUUUGCAUAGUGCAUUGAAUUCAGUUACAGGUGUUGAUAGUAACCAGUGCAGGUUACUAACAUGCAAGGAGAGAUUUUUGUGCUCCACAGUCUUCAGCCUCUGUGAGGUCGUAUGUAUGCACAACAUGGCUCAAUAGUGUUUUUUACAAAAAAGAAAACAUAUAUAAAAAA